GACGUACUAAAGUGAUUACAAGUGAUUCAUGCAGAAAAGUAUUUAUUGGUAGUCACGUUGCACGUCAUUAUCUUUUUAAUUUAGCGUAUCAUAUAAUUAUAUGUUACGCUAUGGUAAGCUAUCACUGCGAAAAUAUACGCGAUAUCAUUCAGUUUUAUUAUGUUAAUAAUAUUUCCUGUAUAAUUUCAUUACGAUCUUUUGUUAAAGGUGACUAGGUAUACAGAUUUAUAUAAAUAUUGGAAACUUAAGAAUUCAAUAACAAAGCUUCCCAUAACAAUUUUUCGAGUCUUAAUUGGUCUUAACAUAAUGUCAGUGGAUACUUCAAUUUUACCGCGAGAAUUUUGUUAUAUAAAUGCGAUUUAGAAAUACUGCGCGUAGAUUCUUUCAAGUCCUUAAAUUAGACGUAUGAUGUGUAUAAGAAAAGAAACAGUUUACAUUCCAUAAUAAGUCAGUGUGUCUUAAUAAGAUAACGAAUUAAUUUCACUUUGAAUCUAUUUAUUUUUGCUCGAUAAUGACUUUUCAAUGCAUUUGUUAUAUGUUUAUUAUUAUUACGACACUUCAUUUGACAAAAGGGAACAGAGAGAUACUCUUUGACUUUACAACUAUGGACAAUGUGGACCAUUGGCAAGAGAUAUCUGAUACUGUUAGAACAGUAGGAAUGUCAAAGGGUAUUUUAGUAUUGCAAACAACUCAAAUUUUCCAACGUGCUGUAUUUUUUACCCUAUUGAAUCCUCAACCAAAUGGUGCUGGCUUUGCAGGAGUGCGAACAAUGACAAAUUUAAACUUAUCAAACUUUAAGUAUAUUGAAAUCACUUGUAGAGGACAAGGUAGCAAUAGUCAUUACAAAGUUGUUCUGAGGCACAGAGGUCUUCACUCAAACAAAGAUAUAACAUAUGAACAAUUUUUCAUGGCACCAAUGUCAAAUAGUACAUUUUCAACUGUUACAAUGCCUUUGAGCAUGUUUAAACCAUAUUAUCGUGGACAAGAAAUACCUUAUGCAGAACCAUUGGAUACUUCAAACAUUACAAUGUUUGGUUUACAAGUUUAUGGUGGAGUCUAUUUACCAAUUAAACAAAAAGGUGUUUCCGCGUUAGAAAUAGAAAAUAUUUUUGUAUCAUAACUUUUAUAUGA